CAGUGACAUUUCGCUUGUCUGUUGUGUAUGUUUUCAAACUAGGAAUUUGGUUCUGGCAUGUUUUCAUUGUCAGACGGGUACCAAAAGUAUUAUAUCAGUGCAGUAUCUAGCUUUAAUCAAUCGUGUUGCAUCAGCGGCUAAAUGUGAUCGCGAUAUUAUAUUUUGUAAUGGAAACGGCGUUUUUUGUAGCAAAUACAUUCUCUGUACCUGACAGCUACAUAAAAACAACUACUGUAAGUGAUCGUGUACUUGUGGCGGUACACCAUUCUUGGCUACACUCUCUGAUAAGGACGCACCAACUUCCAGAAUUUAUUGUGCAUGAUGUUCUACUACCGGAAGAAGUUAAGAUUCUCUUGGAGCAAGGAGAAGAUCUUGGUCCGCACUGGAAGAAAAUAUAUGUUAGAAUUUUGCACAAACAAACACAAAAGGUGAUACCUCUUCCUCGAGUAAAGGUAGAGAGCUCAAGUUCGGAAACUGCUUUAUCAUUUUCUCAGCUCUUACACUAUGUUGCACAGACAAAUUUCAAGAAUCUGUGGAAAGAUGCCUUCAAAAAGUAUUUUAAUGUAUGUGGAGCUGUAUCAAAUGAUGGUAAAAAUGCAUCUAGAAUCACACUUACAGACAGUGAUGCAGUCAUGCGUGAAGUGAUAUUACGAACAUUUGGUUGCCCAAUUUUUCGCCUUGAUGAAGGUUUUAUUGAUGUGUAUAAUGAAGAUGGAAAGAAAUCAUUUGAAGUUCACUGCAAUAUCUUGCCAGCACUAUGUGCCGUGGAGACACCACAAUGCUUUCUACUGAUCCAGGAACCGUACAUAAAGCACACACUACAAGACUGUGUUACAUUCAGUCCAGCGUUGCUUGGAACGUCUCACAUCAAGCCUCUUUUUAUAAUCUACCAACUAUUGCAAGCAAUGCGAUCAAUGCACGAUCGUGGCCUUGUGCUUGGAGAAAUUGCACUAAGUGAUAUCCUUAUAACUGAGAAUCUUUGGAUACAGGUAAUGCCACGACUGGAAGAUAACAUCAAUUAUGAUCCGUCUUCUAAUGUUGGAGAUGCAGAGAAUGAAAAUAUGUUCAGUCCAAAAAUUCAAAAUGUAGAACUGGUAGCAAAUGAUCUCAAAGAAGAUAUAUCAGCACAGAGCAAUAUUAGGCCUCAUGAGGAAGUGAGGACGCACCAAGAAUACUUCCAGAGAUACUCAAACCCUCAUAAGAAGUUUAUUCCCAAGACUGAUACUGACCAUAAAAUGUUGGACCAUAAAAGCAAUAAACAAAAGCUUGAAAAAAUACCUUUAGAGAGCUAUUGUGAACAAUGGAUUAGAGGGCAGCUAUCUAAUUUUGAUUACUUGACCAUCUUAAACAAUUUAGCUGGUAGACGCCAUGGGGACCCUGUCUGUCACCAUGUUAUGCCAUGGGUAACAGAUUUCACCUCUCGGACAGGUUCCAACUGGCGUGAUCUGACACGUUCCAAAUAUAGGCUGAAUAAGGGAGACAGGCAGCUGGAUCUGACGUAUGACACAGCCACUGGGACAGCACAGGUGCCACACCAUGUUUCAGAAGUUCUCUCUGAAAUAACAUACUACGUGUACAUGGCACGGAGAAUACCAAAAUCCAUUCUCUGUAAAUACGUCCGCCCAAAAUGGGUCCCAGCAGAAUACCCUUCAUCCAUUCAGAGGAUGCAAGAAUGGACUCCUGAUGAAUGUAUUCCUGAAUUCUUUUCUGAUCCUACUGUUUUUGAGUCCAUCCAUGAGGAUCUUCCUAACCUGGAAAUUCCGUCUUGGGCAACUUCUGUUGAGGAUUUUAUUGAAAGACAUCGUGAUAUACUGGAGAGUAAUCAUGUCUCUGAAAGGCUACAUCACUGGAUAGAUCUAACCUUUGGUUACAAGUUAUCAGGAAGUGCUGCAGUGAAGUCGAAGAAUGUGUGUCUUCACCUUGUUGACAGCCAUAUGACCCUUGCACAAACAGGUGUAGUGCAGUUGUUUACACAGCCACAUCCAUCACGGAUUUGUGCGUCUCCAUACUGGGGGAAGACUCCACCCAGAUUACAGCCAUCACAGAGGGAUAAAAGGAACAAGAAUGUUGACCGUGCGAGUGAAGAUGAAGGCCACAGUUCAGGAUUCGAAGAAGAUGAACAGUCUUUGUCUCAGGGUGGAUCAAAAUCAUCACCACUUGCACUUAAUAAACUUUUGAGUCGAUCUAGAGGUUCACUGUUGGGCUCUUUUCCAACAUCUUCACCUGAUGAAACCUGCCCUCAGCAAAAGACAGGAGCUGGAAAUGGUGCUGCCUCCAUUAUGCUUCCAAAGGACUACAACCCAGUAGCUGCUAUUCAAAGUGUUGAAUCGAUGUACAACUUCCUUAACAAGACUCUGCACAACAGCCCUAAAUCUCUGAAAGAAGAAUCUCCUUGUAUUGGCAGUGGCAUUGGCUAUAAACAGAUUGUAGCUUCAAGAAGACUACAUGAAAUGGAGGUUCUGGGCUGCAUUGUGGUUGAAAUGCUGCUUGCUCAACAACUAAGACCUACCAGCAGCAGUGAACCAGUUUGUCCCAUGUUCAGACUUGAAAUAUGUCGUGCAGCUUUGUCACGAGCUGCUGACAUGGUACCACGCAAUGUGAGGCAUGCAAUAUCAUUAUUGCUCAUGGAAGAUACCAUGAGAGACUCCUGUGGGCGGCGGCCUGCAGUAACAUCUCGUGGCCUUCCGCCUCCAUCUGCUCACCAGCUGCUGCAGCCACUGUUAGCCCACUGUGCCUUCCCAUUUCCAGCACACUUCUUGACUCUCACAAAACUUCUCUGCCGUCACCACGAUUUCUGCAGCCUUGUUAGGGAAAUGUCAUUUUUGAACCUGCAGGAGACUGUUGAGCCUGACAUUGCUGAGAAGAUAAUGAACUUUAUUACUGAAAUAAACAAACUGAAAGUCAAGGUAAUGAAACAAGAACUGACAGUUCUACUUCCUGAAAUCUCAUCUGUUUCACAAGAAAGUCUUGAAUUAAUUCUUCCAUACAUCAAGGAACUUAUGGAAGACCCAGAAACAUCAGUGCUGGCAGCUUGGAACCUUUUUGAUCUUGUUGCAAAACAUCUUGGGCCUAAGCAUACUGCUAAGUUUCUGAUGCCAUCGAUUCUUAAACUGUAUGAGAAUGGCACAGAAGAUGACAGUGAGCAGAGCAGCAAACAUGUUAAACUAUACCAUCACAUUUUUCUGCUGCAGUUAAUUGUUCGUCUAGGACUCAAAACGUUCCUUGAGAAUUUUGUGAGUCCUUUGGUGGAAGCCGUUGGAGGCUACAGAGAUUACUACAGCCGUGAUGGAGCCUCCUUUCAGCAGGGUUCAGAUCUUAGAAAUGCAACAUCUUCUCUUAAAGGCUGUGAUUUUGACGACAGUACUGUAGUGGGUGUGCUUUCUCCAUUGGAUGAAGACUCUUCAGGUGACUCUGAAAAAUCUAAGCCAUCAAGUGGUGACAAUGUUGAGCAGACAGGAGAAACAGAGAAAGAUGUGCAAAAUGGUGCUGAACCAGAGGUCUUUGUGUUUGAAACAGGUGAAAAAUCAUCACCUGAUGACCCAGAAACUCCUUUGUAUCAUCUCAUGGAGCAUCUUGACUUGGAGUUGCCUGACCCUGCAGCUAUUGAUGAUGACGGCUCCCUAGAAAUAAAUUUUCAAGAAGAUGAGACUGUUCAUGAAGCAGCUGAAGAAGAUGCCAUUGAGGUUUCAGAAGAUUUCUCUGAUCCAGAAUUCCAUGCAGCGGACGGUAGCACUGUUCAUUUUAAUACUCCAGCUGCAUUUUUAGAGUCUAAAGACAUUGAUGUUUCUGAAAUGGAACCUGCAGCUGAAGAAACUCCAAACAAGACAAAUGAAAUUCAGCCUCUUCGGAAGAAAUCUAAUGCUCAAUUUAAGGUAUCAGACAUGAGUGCAGAAUCUGUCAUAUGGCUCUCUCACCGGCUAGGCCCGGUACUGACAGCACGUCAUCUCUCACGAAAUUUACUACGGAUGCUGGCACUGUGCUAUACAGGGUACUCCAACGUGGCUCGUGCAGCUCCACCCACAGCUGAAAUGGGUACUCUCAGCAUUGCUGAGGGACAUGUUCAGGGUGAUCAUAGUGCCUGCAAAGUCUUGGACUGCUUAACAUCUAUAGCUGCUUUGUAUGGGGAACAGAUGAUUGUUCUUCAGUAUCUUCCACAUAUGAGUGAGUUAAUAGCACUUUGCAAAAGGAAACUUACUCCAAAUUUAGAAGGUGGUGUAGUUGGGAGCCUGGCACUACUCAGACAUAUUGUUCCAUUCCUGUCUGAUGCUGUUUUAAUGGACCAGCUACAGGAUGUUAUUUUGAAAUCUGUGCUAAACCCUGUUGUCAGACUUUUAUCAACAACACGCACAGUAUUUCCAUCUGGUGCAGCAGCACGUUCAGCUGUUGCUCGGAAAUUUGCUGAUGCCAUUUAUGUUGUUGCAUUGAGGAUCGGUCAAGAGAUGUCUCGACGCCAUCUAGCAGUACCUCUACUGCAGAGAUUUUUUCUUGCCUUCGACAAAGCCUUCAUGCGCUGUGCACUCGAUGAUUCAUUACAGGGUGCCCAGUCUGUGAAUUCAUCUACAAAAGAAGCUGCUACAAGGUCUGACAAUGACAGUGAGGGCCCUGACAUAUCUAUUGGAGCUGAAAUGCGUGGGAAUCUGCUCAACAGAGUGAAGGAGAAUGAUUUUACAGAUUCAUACUCUCCCCCUCCAGCUAUUUCUUCAGAUGGAGAGCAGUUGCUGGAGCAAACCAGACACCAGGCGAUGGAAGAGUUAAAAAAAGUAUUUGUGCCAGAGUUAGCACAUAGAACAUAUCUCCCAUUGCUAAGAUUCCUUGGUGAAUCAGUUAUGGCACAGUCUCUGAAGAACGAGGAAUUUAUUAGAAGUCUGUGUUCUCAGGCUGAACAGGAGAGUCAGCAACAGGCAUCCCCUGUGGGAAUUGUGGAAGACACAAGAUGCUCAUCUGACCGGUUGUCUCCAAGUGGGACACAGGUGGCAGAGAGGACAUCAACUGGUAGCUUUGGGAGUAAUGUUGAAGUUGUUGGCAAUAGAAUUGAUUUACAGAGUGCAGAUAUCCCUUCUGUUCUACCAACAGAAAGUGCGGGUAUUGCUUUUCAAGAAAGUGCAGGUGACUUGAUGAAUCUCAUAAGCAAAAAAAUGGAGAAUACAAACAGGCAUUUACAUGGAAACUGGUUGGCAUACUGGGAACAUGAGAUUGGGCGACCUGAUAAAGAAACAAAUUUUAAUUUCAAGCAGAUAAAACUUCAGAGAUUCUCAGGCCAUACAAGUAACAUCCGCACCAUACAAGUGUUAGACAAUGAAAAUAGUUUCCUUAGUGGAAGUCGUGACAAGACUGUGAAACUGUGGUCCCUAAGAAGCCAGGGUGAUGGAACUGCUGUUUCCCCGUGUCGAUGGACUUAUACUGGUCACCGUAAGUGUGUACUGGCAGUGGCACUUAUAGAGUCACUACGGCUUGCUGCCUCGUGUGACUCAAUCAUCCAUAUAUGGGACCCAUUUAUGGGAAGUGUAAUUGCUCAUAUGAACUCACCACGCUACCCACCUGUCAAUGUCCUUCAGGCUUUGCCACCACCAAGCCGUGUCCUGCUUGCAGCCACUACAGACACUACACUGCGGCUUGUUGAUGCACGAACCUGUUCUUUUGUCAAUGAACUGAAGGUGUCACAGAGUGCAACAGGACUAAUAAGAUGCAUUGCUGUUGGGCCUGAAGGCACAUGGGUGGCUGUUGGACAGUCAUCAGGAUUCCUGUCUAUGCUGGACAUCCGCACAGGUGGCCUACUGGCCUCUUGGAAAGGUCAUGACUCAGAGAUACUGCAACUUAUAUCAGCAAAUGGUGGCAACUCCAUUGUUAGCUCUUCUCUGGACCAGGCAGUUUCUGUUUGGAGUGCUGUUGAUGGCAGGUUCUGCUUUCCUAUGAAAGGGCCUACAGAACCUGUUCACUGUCUUAUGAGCUAUGGAUCGGAACUGAUAUCAGGGACCACAGCUAGCCGAAUAGGAGUCCAUUCUGCUGUUGAUAUGGAUGCCUCAUACACGUCAACUCGCCUGCGAUCCGAUACCUUCAAAGGUGUUCUUACGUCCAUGGCUGUCCUUCCUCUCAACAGGCUGCUGCUCCUUGGCGCUGACUCAGGGAACAUAACACUGCUCUGUUGAACUGUAUGUCAGCAAUAUGGAAACGAAAAACAUUUCUUUGGAUCUCAUUUACAGAAACUUCAAUUAAUAAUAUGAUUGUAAACAUUCCAUUGCAUAUCGAAGCACACACAAAAUAAUAAUAAUUAUUAUUAUUAUUUGUCCAAAUACAAGCUUAGGAUGAGAAUGUGCAGCUAUUAAUUUCCAUUGUCUUCAUCACUAAAAGUUUGUAAAGGUUUUUUUUGUACUAAUAUAGUAUUCAUAGCAUAACGGCAGAAAGUUUGAAAGAUACGAAAAACCAAUUACAUGACUGCUGAGUGAUUAUUGUAGGACUGCAUUUCCAGCAGCUGUGCAAGUUUGUUCCUGUGUAAACUAGUUGUCAGUUAUAUCUGAUUUAAAAUGAAAGCACAGCCCCAGUAUUUAUUUUAAGUGUUAUUAAUCAUGCUUUAGUAUUAUUUUGAUAACCAAAUAGGCUUAAAAGCUGCAUGGGAGUGGAGUUAAAACUACGAGGAUAAGUCAAUUAUUAUCUGCAAAGUAAUUAUAAAAUUUUAUUGUAAUCAAAUGGGAAACUUACAAGAACAUAAUUUUUCGACACAGUCUCCUUGUGUUUCAAUGCACUUGGUCCAUCAUUGUACAUGCUUCCUGCUGCCAUCAUAAAAGAAGGUUCUCGGUUGAGCUGUGAGCCAGGAAUGCACCACUUCUUUCACUGCUUUGUACGAGGCAAAUUGAUGGCUCCUUAAUGCCUGUUUGAGUGGACCAAACAAGUGAUAAUCAGAAGGGGUAAGACUGGGACUAUAUGGAGGAUGAUCCAGUACUUCAAAUUUGAGUUUGUGGAGCUUUUCAGCAGUGUGGGCAGCAGUAUGUGGACAGGCAUUGUCGUGGAACAACACAACACCUUUUGACAGCAACCCUCAGCCUUUGCUUUGAAUUGCAGGCUUUAUCCUGGUAGUAAGCAUGUCACUGUGAUGUACACUGUUUAUUGUUGUGACCCUUUCCCCAUAAUGUUCCAGUACAGGACCUUUUGUGUCCCAAACACCGUAAGCAUCAGUUUUCCUGCGGACGGUUGGGUCUUGAACUUUUUCUUGCAUGGCGAAUUUGAAUGUUUCCAUUACAUACUCUGCCAUUUACUCUCCGGCUCAUAAUGAUGGAUCCAUGUUUUGUCACCAGUAAUGAUCCUGUCUAAGAAGUAGUCCCCUUUGUUACCUCAGAGAUCCAAAUGUUUUUGGCAGAUGUCCAAGCACAUUUGUUUAUGCAACUGUGCGAGUUGUUUUGGGACCCAUCUUGUACAAACUUUAUGAAACCCAAGUCCAUUGUGGAUGAUUUUGUAGGCAGAACCGUGACUAAUUUGCAGACAGUGUGCCACUUUGACAAUAGUUAAUCAUCUGUCUAAGAGAAUCAUUUCAUGUGAAUGCUCAAAGGUUUCUUCAUUUCUGGUGGUAAAUGGUUGUCUGGCUCCUUCAUCGUGCAUAACACUUGUGCGACCAUUUCAGAAUUUGUCAAUCCAUUCAUAGACACUCCGUUGUGGCAAAACACUGUUCCUGCACUGUACAAAAGUCUUCGAUGAAUUUCGGCCCCUGAUAUGCCUUCUGACCACAAAAAACGGAUCACUGAAUGUUGCUCUUCUUUGGUGCAAAUAGACAGCAGAGCAGUCAUGAUUAACAGCAUGGCAGCGAUAACGAAACUAACCUAGCAGCUCGAAAAUUGCAAAGACAUACAACAAAUAAACAAAGCAUGCAUCAUCAACAUAAAAUGACAGUACUGCCAGAAUAAACAAAAAUAUAACUUAUAUAUAAUUGACUUACCCUCAUAGUUAUGUGCAAUGAAGCUUGUACAAAUUUCAGUUAAAAAUAAGUUUGGCAUGAAGAAAAGCCAUUAUUUAGUGGAUAAAUAUUAUGUGAGACUAACUGGAUAUUUUACCCCCAGAUGGGAACUCAUUUGCUCACAUUUUCUUAAGCAGGUGUAUUGUUUCCUGUAUCAGUUUUGUUCUGGUGCACUUACUCUGGCUUUUGUGAAGAAAUAUUCCCUACAACUCAUCAAAAAUGACCCAUUUAUUUCAUAUAAUUGUUUAAUAUUGUAAGUUGUACUUUCAGUGCCAUUACUGUGUUAUUCUAAAAGAGGAAGAUAAAGAAAGGAGAUACUUCACGUCCCACAAUGAAUAUGUGUAUCUGCUUGUAAACUAUGCUCUCUAUGAUUAACUUACAAUAUGAUACAUUUCAGAUGUUCUACGUGACACAGUAGCCACUCUUCCUUUUUUAUUAAAUGUACAUGUGUCUUUUGCCCAUCUACAGCUCAAUUUGAAAGAUGUCAUAUUGAGUCUUAAUCUGAGGUGUAGACAUUAAUUUGGCUUCUUAUUGUGUAGUGUGCACAUCAGCAUUCAGAAACACUCAAAGAAAGAAGGCACACAGUGCCAAAUCAUAAGAUGUCUGAGGGUGUUUUGUGGUGCAAAUGUGCGAAAACUACUGGUCAGGGUAUCUCUCACAUAACAAAUACAUUAUUGUUUUUGCAUUUCCCACAUUGACUUUGAUUUUCCUCUGGCUCAUAAAAAUAUAUCACUCGUGGUGGUGAUAUUUUCAACAGAGUGAUGAUUGGAUUGACAUCUGGAGAACUGAACUAAUGUCCCUUGUCAGAUUCUGUACGAUACAUUCCUUAUGUGCAAUGUCCCACUCAUUUUUCUCUAUGAUUUCCAUACCUGUGAUGUGUUUUAAUCAUAACAAUAUGUCUUUCCAUUAUGUUGCACUCCAUCAUUAUUUAUCUUAAAUUAAGCAUGUGACAUUUAUGCAAUGUUCAGUACCCCCCCCCCCUCCCCCCCCCCCUCUCUCUCUCUCUCUCUCUCUCUCUCUCUCUCUCUCUCUCUGAGAGAGAGUAUAGAGACCAAGAAACCAUAUUGCUGCUCUUGUAGGGUUGAAAAGUUUUAAUGCAAUAUUGGAAUAUAGAAGAAUAUAAACUGACAUAAACCAAUGUUGACACAGAAUGAGUAGCACUAUAUUUAACACCAUACAAAACACAUACACACUAAUUAACAUUUCUCAGAUUGCAGAAUAUACGAGGGGCAUUCAAUAAGUAGUGCAACACAUUUUUUUUCUGAAAGCAGGUUUGUUUUAUUCAGGUUUCAAAUACACCAUGUUAUUCUCCCCCGUUUGGCUAAGAAAUUCUAUUUUUCAACAUAAUUUCCAUUCAGUGUGACAGGCUUAUGUCGCCUUACUAGGAAGGCAUGUGUGCCUGCAUGACAUCAGCGCAAUCAUCUUGCUACAUCAAUAAACUCCCCAUCAUCCAUGUACUGCUUCCCAGGAGUGCAUCUGGUAUUGGACCAAGCAGAUGGAAGUUGGAAAGUGAGACACCUGGGCUGUAGGGUGGAUGAGGAAGAACAGUACUCCAACCGGAGGACGGAUGUGUCAGCACCACUAGCAGAGAAUUCCAGUUGAUCAGUGAGGUAUUUGUUUACGGUCCAUUGAACACUUUGAAUGACAGUGUCCACACGCUCCAACAUUGCAGGAGUCACAGCUGUGUGUGGCUGGCUGGCAUGCAGGAGAUCGGACAGGUUUGUGCGAUCUUGUUGCGAUGAUGACAGAUGCCUCACCCAGUGCUCACUGUGUUUUUGUGCACUGCUAGGUCUCCAUAGACAUUCUGCAAGUGCUUAUGAGUAUUUAAGAUGCUCAAGUUUUCCACCAAAACAAACUCAAUGACAGCUCUCUGCUUGGAAAGCACUUCCAUUACAGAUGCCAUUUUGAAGGUUACCUACAGCACCACCACUUAUCAUAACUUCAUGAAACUAUAGGUGCAGAAGCAAGAAUAUUCUGCAGUUUCCCACAAGAAGUUCUGCAUUUUCUUUUCAACCAAAAGUGGCCGAGGGAAAAAGUAUUGCAUUACUUAUUGAAUGCCCCUCAUAUUUUUGUCUUUUGUGUUCAAAAAGAAAGAGUUGUCUGUAUUAAUGGAUACAGCUGGUUCUUUCCCCUUACACACACACACACACACACACACACACAGAUGUAUACUGGUAAUCUCUCUCCAUAUGCUGAGUCAGGCAAGAAUGUAAUUCAAUCAACAUAUAUAUUCCUUCUUCAUUCUUUUCCAAGAAUGAGACAUUUGUAGCAUCAAUGAUCUGACCAUGAACUCAUUUAUCACUCAUUCUGCCACAAAGAAACUGAUCAUGUAGCAAAUCAAAAUGAAACAUAGCAUUCAACAGUGGCUACUAUAGCUCUAUUACAAACUGUAUAUUUAACUGUGACCAGACACGAAACAGUAAAUACCUGCAGUAUGCAGAUACAGAAUGAGGUAACUCUUACUUUACUUUAAUUUACUUUACUUUACAUGUGGCAAGGGCCUUAUUGACCAUACGCCUGCUCUAUGACCCUCUUCCGCUUCUCCCUGUCCAAUGCGCUGCCUGUCCAAUGUGCUGUUUGUCCAGUUGCUGUUGUUGUUCAUCCUAGUUGUGUCCUCCUGAAUGUUAUCCUGCCAUCUGCUUCUGGGUCUCCCUCUCCCUCUUGUUCCAUCUAUUGUUCUGCUGAAUGCCAUUCUAGGUAGUCUAUUCUCUGUCAUUCUUGCUAUAUGGCCUACCCAAUUCAACCUUCUCCUCAAGAGGUAACUCAGAAGCAGAAAAAAAAGUGCAUAAUUUAAUCAAGCCAUUUUAUUUUUGCUGCAGCUUCUCAAACAAGACAUGAACCUUGCAGUACAACUGAUCUCUUAUACUGUUAAUGAUGCUUGGCACAUCAUAUAUGUUUCAGGAACAGUUGAGUAGCAACUUGUAAAAUUGUAAAUUGUGCAGUAUACAGGAAUAAACAGUCUUGAUGUAGUUUGUAUGAAAGAAAUCUUUGUAAUAGCAAACAGUAAUAAUUAUUCAUUUGAAAACAAUUCCAUGUGUGUAAUUGUAGUAGGCAUCUGUUAUGAAGAUACUCCAGAGAGAAAAAAAGGAUGAAAACAGUUCACCAUUUUUAAGUGCUCUUCAACACUGGAAAGAUCUACUGCUUCUGUUAUGUUAGAGUUUAAAUGGAAGUAGAUCUGCUGCUCAUAGCUGUGUACAGUUUUAUAAUUACCUACUUUUGACAUAUUUCACACACUGCAGUUGCGUCUUCUUUGCAUUUACAGAUACAAUUUGCUGUCAGUUCCUUUAGCAAUAGAAACUGAAGGCAGUGAUCAUGUAUUGAAAGAUUUCCCAAGAAACAGGAGACCAGUCUUCUUCAAGCUGUGCAAGAAGAGCAAGUAUCAGUACAAAUCUUUUUGUGGUAUUGAAAGAAGUACACAGUGUAGGAUUCCCUUAAAUAUUCAGUUAGCCUCAAAUUGGAAUACCUAUAUGAGCAGUCCAGUAUCAGUUUAUUGCAAACACACUCCUCCAUAGACAGCAUUACAACAUAAUGUCAUCAUUGGAUGCUCUGCCACACCAUUAUGUUCAGUGUUUAUCCUAAACUAGUGUUCAUGGUGAUCAGAACGUGACAGAUGAGAAUUUCAUUAUACUGCAGGGAAAAGGACCACUUGUAACCCCUGUGCUUGCAAAUUUAUUGUUAAUGCUGUAUGGGUCAGUAGAUACUGUUAUGUAAACCCACCUAGUUCUUUAAAAAUGCCACUUGUGCAGUGCAAGUAACCAUUCCACUGAAGUGUCUUCACUGUUAUAAAGUGGGGGGUUUCUGGAAUUGACUUUGGGAGGCAUUGGUUAAAAUCGGAGUUCCUUUGAAAAUGCACUGCCAGUUUCCUUCUCUUCCUUCCUCAAUCUGAGCUUGUGAUCCAUACCUAAUGACCACAUCAUUGACAAGAUGUUAAACCCUAAUCUUACUUUUUUUGUUCCAAAGUACAGUGUUAUUUUGUGCAGUACACAGGGUGGCAUCUAGUAUUAUCACUGUAAUAUGGUACCUAUGAGCAAUUUGAGGGGAAAAAAUGUGUUUAGACUGUUAGGUCUAAAUUCUGUUACAAUGUCAAAUUUCUCAGUUGGGACUGCAAUGAUGAUGUUACUCAGUCAAAAUGCGAUGUGGCCACUACCACUUCUGUGUUGUGAAUGUGUUGUAACAUUUCCACUUUAUGAUAUCAAAAACAAUUGACUGGGUUAGUUUUAAUCAGACCAAAUUCUCUUCAAUCAUUCUGUUAUACCUUAAACAUGUAACCAUCUGACUGAUUUGGGAGUGAGCGCAUAAUGCUGGAUGCUCUAGUCUAUUGCCUCUUGCUUCCAUAUGACUGUGUGUUCUGUCCACAGCACAUGAAGAUACUGUGUCUAAAACACAUCUCCAGGUCUGAGUCUGAAUACUUUUGUCCAUGUAGUACAUGUGUAUAUAUCAAAAUGCAGAACAGUUACUGCCUUUUGAUAUGACCCAUAUGCAGAUUAAACUUCCAAAUGUACCUAAACCUAGCAAGUAAGUCUACAACUCCAGACAGUGGCAUAUGUAUUUUAGAAAGCAAUAAGUGAUGUAAUUAUUUAAUUGCAUUAUUUAAAUGUAUAACAUAUGUGAAUUAUCAUAUUUUUAUGGAGAAACUAUAGUGUUAUAUUACUGUAUUGUCAACAGAAAAAUAUGUUGCAUCAGUAUGAAUCUGUUGCCCAUUUCCACUGACUAUAUUUAGCAUAAAAGAUUAGUUUUGUAGCUGUGCAUCAAAGAUGUUUUUAUAUCUUGCCAGGAUAUACUACAUUUAAA